UCCUCAGAUAAACUCAGCAUCUCCUCCUUCCUGGGAACAUGAAGCCGGUCUCCUUUGGACCCUGUGUGCUGGUUUUGGUUCCGGUCUGGUUCCUCGGGUGUUUCCUGGACCCGUCUCGCGCUCAGGAGGCGGCGGGCCCCGCAGCGCUGCGGCGCGGGCUGACAUGGCAGCACAACGGGCAGGUCUUCAGCCUCCUGAGCGGGGGGGCUCAGUACAGACCCAGCUCCAGGGGGCAGGCGGGGGGCCCCCGGCCCGGGAGCCCGGUGCUGGUCCUCAGCAGCACCAACGACACGGCCUCCGUGGCCCGCGGGUCCCCGAGGGUCCCCGCCGCCAGCGGCACCGCGCAGUUACGCGCCAUGACGCGCCAGCGGCCGCGCGUCCUGACGGACCAACCGGCGCCCGGGAGGGACGGAGACCCGGCCGGGACCCCCGCCUCCCGGGAGGACAUGAUGGUGGGAGAUGACCCCUAUAACCCCUACAAACAGCACGGCUACGACCCCUACUACAACCACUAUGACUCGUACUACAGACCCAGACCAAGAGCCCCGGCCCGACCCGGGUACGGAACCCGGUACCACCAGAACGGUCUCCCUGAUCUGGUUCCGGAUCCGUACUACAUCCAGAUCGCGUCCUACGUCCAGAGGACGCCCAUGUACAACCUGCGCUGUGCAGCCGAGGAGAACUGCCUGUCCUCGGUCUGAGUCCAGGAUGUUACGACACCUACAACGCCGACAUCGACUGUCAGUGGAUCGACAUCACCGAUGUCCCACCUGGAAAAUACAUCCUGAAGGUGACGGUGAACCCGCGGCAGCAGGUUCCUGAGUCCAACUUCAACAACAACGUGGCUCGGUGUGAUGUGCAGUACACGGGCCACGCUGCUCACUUCUCUGGAUGCUCACUGACCGG